UUUUUGUUGUUGUUGCAGAAAGUUUGCUUGUUUGGUUUCUGUGGUCAGUGAUUGAGUGACUAAAAUUAUGGGUGGUGAAGAUCAUCAUUGGCAACCCCCAGAUAUCCCGACUGGGGCCAGUCGUCAGCUUCAUGGGACGAAGCCGAUGUCAAUCCGAGGAAGAAUGUACUUGGUGCGAGAACGUCAUUUCAACAUGACUGAAGAUGAGCGAUCAUGGAGAGCCAAGUGGCUGAAGGAUCAAGAGCUGUCGCCGCGUGAACCCGUCUACGUGCCCGAGUAUUUCCGGGAACGUUGCAACCCGCUUCGUCGGGCCGUCAUGUUGCCGUUGGAUACGUUGUUCAAGCCCCUGGAACCGGCGUUGGGCAGAGCAAAUGCCUAUACUCUUCGAUGGGGAGUCGGCAAAGGCCUUAUGGCGUUCUUCUCCGUCUGUAGCUUGACGUAUCUUCUCACUUACCACGAUCGAACCUGGUUGUCGGCAAGUGGUUGGCGUAUUCGGACGUCACGAAGUGAAACUCUGCCCGGAGAUGAAAAUUUCCCCAAUUAUCCUGAAAUUCCCUAUCAAACCUAUGCUAAUUUGGGAUUCGAUGAAUUCAUCGAGAAGAAUCCGUGGGCCGAGCGCACUUAGUUUUCUGAACCACUGGUAACCCUGUUCUAGUGCAAUAUGCUAGUGGAUUGUGUCGGACGGGGAAUUACUUAGUCGUUUCCUGUGUAUAACAAAGCUGUUCUUGAAGUCGUAAACAAAUUGUUCGUAUUUAUUCUGCUUCGUCGGUCCUUAUUUCCACUUUUUGCUCUCUUUCUGAAGUUGUGUUUCUCGAACAUGAACCCUUUAUUGUUUUGAAAUAAUGGAGAUCUUAAUUGAAAAGAUCAGGCUUCAUUUCGUGGACGACUAUCCUUAAUCACGGGAAUACCUGUCGUAUGUGUUAAUUCAUCAUUUCGUUGGAAUCUAAAAACCUUCGCCACUCGUUCUGUACAUUAAAAAAAAAUUUGAAUACAAGGAAACUGGCUUAAGGAACAUUCGUAUGGGAGUCGUUCGUUUUUUUUUUCUGUCAGUGCACUUAUUAAAGACGCUUUAUCUAAUAAGUUCGAUGAAUUCUGUAAAAGAUAUUGUUUUGCGCUGGAAGCAGAAAGUGGAAAGCUGGACAUUUUGGUGCUUUUCGAUCAACUAUAGCUUGGUAAUUUAAUUUGUCAAAUAUUAAUGGAAUGUGUCUGUAAACGUAUUAUUUUACGACAAGCUGAGGAGAAGAACCAGAGCGUUUCGAAAAGAUACCAUGCCGCAUGAGCCAGACAUUUCAUUCCUCUUUUUUUUACGUUAAAAAAAAAUCGAUUUCUUCUUUCAGUCGAGGACAGG